AUGGUCUUCAACCCCGAACUGUUGUUCUCGAUGGGCGAAAUCAAAGCUACCUUCAAACAAAUACUCGAUGGCCUGUCCUACAUUCACGCUCGCAAGGUCCUGCAUCGAGAUCUGAAGGGGUCCAACGUGUUGGUAAACGUUAGGGGCGUCGUGAAAAUCACAGACUUUGGACUUGCACGGGACACUUGGGCCGAUUGUCGUCUCACCAAUAAAGUCGUCUCGCACUGGUACAAAGCGCCAGAGCUGCUACUCGGCGACACUAGCUACGGGGCGGGCAUUGACAUGUGGAGCGCUGGCUGUAUGCUGGCGGAGAUGGUAGUUAGGCAUCCCCUUUUUCUAGGGCAGACCGAUCAGGCAGUACUGUAUUUGAUUUCGGAUCUGUGUGGCUCCAUUACAACCGAGGUUUAG